UGGCACAUCUCGCAUUUGCACCUUCACUCUUCAGCAUCCACCUCGUAAACACCAUCCGCUCCCCACAAGCAGAACAAUACAGUGACAACUGGAGCCCACCACUCUCAAUACAUCCACACAAUAACCCCUCGCAUUUAUACCAAACAAUACCCACAAUGUCCUCCACAACUCCAACCACCCAAACCGACCAAAUACCACCCCACCUCGACCCCCAAACCUACCCCCGCACAACCACAAACCCCACCCUGAACACCCACAUCACCCUAACCUACCACCCCCUCGAUCCCACAAGCGCACUAUCCAAGAUCUCCUCUCCCAACGCCGGCGCAAAUGUCCUCUUCCUCGGCACGACACGCAACUCCUUCGAAGACCGCCCCGUCGCGCAACUAAGCUACACCGCAUACCCGCCCCUCGCGCUGAAGACAUUGUCCAAGAUCGCGGAGGACGCGGUGACGAAACAUGAGCUAUUGGGUGUCGUGAUUGGACAUCGGCUCGGAGACGUGCCGAUUGGGGAGAGCAGUAUCGUGAUUGCGGUUAGUGCGGGACAUCGCGGCGCGGCGUGGAGGGCUGGCGAGGAGGUAUUGGAGCUGUGUAAGGAGAAAGCAGAGAUAUGGAAGAAAGAGGUGUUUGUGGAUGGGCAGGGGGAGUGGAGGGCGAAUAGGGAUCGGGAUGCGGAGGGGAAGUUAGUGCAGGGGUGA